CACACAACUGUCUUAGGUUCUAAUUACUGCACCUGACCGCCAAAAUUCCCGCGCUUCUCCCGUCUUUCCUCUUCUUAAUUCACACAUCCACCAUCCAUCUUUCAUCCAUCUUUCGUCUUCGCCACACAUUUCCCAUCUCAGAAAUCGUCUUGACGUGAAUGUCUUUGUUCACUUAAUCUCAAGAUAACAAGGCGAUAACUCCAGUUUUUUCUAUAUCGCUUUUCUAAACAGUCGUUUUUCGUACUAACAUUUUGACCUCACUAAGCCGUGCUCCGUACCGAACACAAUCAUCUAGACGACAAUGUCUUGGGCAUCACCAGCGGCGCCUGGCGUCCAAACAACGCCUUACCCUUAUUCAUCAUCAAUCAAUACCGCGUAUACCGCAGUCCCGGUUCGCUCCGGGUUUGAUCAUCAAACGUACCCAGUUCAACCACAGUAUCCUUAUUCCGCUCCUGCUAAUCCCCCGCAAUCAACAACUACCAUGGCCUCUUCCUCGCAUCAGCAACAAACUCAGCAGCAGAAGUUCGACUGGCCCGAUUCCGUUCGUAGUUAUGUGCAGCGCUCCUUCCAGACGUGGAACCUGGACUCCGGUGUGACCCGUGCCGAGAUGGAAGCCAAGCUUAAGCAGACUAUAAGCUUCACUCAGGAUCAUGGAACGAUGUACACCACGGAUUGGAACAGCAUGCCUCUACCGCAAGACAUCAUUAAGUAUGAACGCCAACAAGCGUUGAGAGCACCAGCUAUGGCACCGGCGACAGCAGCAGCAGCAGCUACCCCAGCUGUUGCGAACCCCAAGAAGAGGAAGUCUUCGGAUCUAAGCGGACCUGAACCUACGGUGCCGUGGCGCGAUGCCAAGUCGCUUUCCCUCGAGGAUCGAAUUACCAAACCCGCCAUGGACGGCCCUCUAUCGGCUAAAAGUAAGUUUCAGAAGAAUGCUGAGAAGCGGCAACGCCGCGGUGAUGGCGGUUACCAGUCUUCCUACCGAUCUCCUAGUCCGCCGCCCCCUGCAGGACCCAUCGUUGGUCUCAACGAGAAUUUAGAGAAGAGAUAUCUUCGUCUGACCGCCGCCCCUAAGGCGAAGGAUGUCCGUCCUGAGCGCGUUUUGCAUCAAACGUUGGACUUGCUGAAGAAGAAGUGGCGUAAGGAUGGCAAUUAUAACUACAUCUGUGACCAGUUCAAGUCACUUCGCCAAGAUCUGACCGUGCAGCGUGUCAGAAACGAGUUUACCGUCUCCGUUUAUGAAAUCCAUGCGAGAAUCGCGUUAGAGAAGGGGGACCUUGGUGAGUAUAAUCAGUGCCAGACCCAGCUACGUGCUCUCUACAAGGCUGGCCUGAAGGGCAAUUCUACCGAGUUCAAGGCGUAUCGUAUUUUGUAUUUCAUCCACACCGCGAACCGAACGGCGUUGAAUGAUGCCAUUGCAGAUCUAACCACAGCAGAGAAAGAGGAGCGACCCAUCAAGCACGCGCUUGACGUACGUUCGGCGUUGGCUUUAGGCAACUAUCACAAGUUCUUCCAGCUUUACCUUGACGUUCCCAAUAUGGGUGCAUAUCUCAUGGAUAUGUUCAUCAAACGUGAACGACUUGCUGCACUUGCGAACAUGUGCAAAGCAUUUAAACCAGAUCUUAAGUUACGAUACAUUACUGAGGAGCUCGCGUUUGAGUCGGACGCUGAAGCUGCCCAAUUCAUUAUCGAUCACGACGGCCGAGACUUUCUUGAAGAACGGUCAGAGUACAUUGUGUUUCUGACCGGGAAGGCCGGAAUGCUCUUCGAGUCAGCUAGAAGUGAAGCAUUCCGUAGGGUCGACCUUAGGGGCCAGAUCUGAUCCGUCUCACAUUCUCUUCUUUUUUCAUAUCCCUUGCGUUUCUCUCUUCGACAUUAACAGUCAUCAUCUCUGGCCCCUGUGACUGCAGCAAGUCACUUUACAUCAUUCCCUCGUAGACACCCUCUGCAGCAUUUCCGAACAAUACCACUUCUUGACGUUGACGAUAUGUCAUAAGAGGUAGACGACUCUGGAUAUUGAAACUUGGCUUUGCCUGAGUUUGAAUCCGUGACUCGACUAUUGAUGUCUCUUUCGAGACCGACCUCUCGUGGCUUACUACAUCGGCUUUCGAAAGGCCCUUACAUUGACUUUACAUCACAGUAAACGGUCGUGAUAUGCAUUGGCAUAGGUGGUUGGGGGAGUUUCCGAUGGGGUGGUUAGUUUGAUUUCAAGGCU